AAGAAACUCCAUCCAUUACCUACUACGCAUUUUUGCAAAACCUCCACGACGAGGCAGGUGUGAGUUCUAUUCUGAAAAUGCUCACCGGAAGCUAAUUGAAUUUCAGCUCGCUUGGCCCGACUCGCGCGCCCUCACUCCCCUCUGGCAUCUGCAUCCUCGGAGGCGCACGGACUCUCGUGGACGUGUUUGCUGUAGCCCACCGCAGCCAGCUAUGUUAAGAAGACGUGACUUGAUUUGACUUUGCAUGUGAAAGUUGGACACGUGGAACUUGUUGUCGUCGUCUUUGGUUUCUUCUGCGUGAUGGAGUGAUGCAGAGUGGGAUCAUCAAAUUGGGAAUAAAACUUGGGUUGCGCGCUGGCAUGGCGCGUCAGGUGUGCCCGGGCUCGAUUAGAAGCUGCUUCUGUCUGUCAUGGUCUCGACAUUUGCCGUGACUUCGAGAACGAGAGGGAGAAUAAUGGAAGAAAGAAAGAGACUUUUUGGCUAUUUUCUUUUCGCGGCUCAGCUCUUUCUGAGCUCCACGCAAGUCCUCAGAAUCGGUGGGAUUUUUGAGACCCGAGAGAGUGAGUUAGUGAGUACGGACGAGCUGGCCUUCAAGUUUGCUGUUAACAACAUAAACCGCAACAAGACCCUGAUGCCCAACACCACUCUUACCUACGACAUUCAGAGGAUCAACCUCUUUGAUGGCUUUGAGGCUUCCAGGAGAGUGUGUGACCAGCUCGCUCUUGGGGUGGUUGCUGUGUUUGGCCCCUCUCACAGCUCCUCGGUUAGUGCUGUUCAAUCUAUCUGCAAUGCUCUGGAAGUCCCUCACAUACAAACACGAUGGAAACAUCCAUCGGUGGACAACAAAGACACCUUUUUCAUCAACCUCUAUCCGGAGUACACCGCUAUUGCCAGGGCCAUCCUGGAUGUAGUCACGUUCUUCAAAUGGAGGAAACUAACGGUGGUCUAUGAGGACAGCACAGGUCUGAUGCGGAUGCAAGAAUUGAUCAAAGCUCCAGCAAAGUUCAACUUGAAGAUCAAGAUCCGCCAGCUGACGCCGGGUAACCAGGAUGCCCGACCGCUGCUUAAGGAGCUGAAGAAAGACAAAGAGUUUUUUAUUAUUUUUGAUUGCUCCUAUCGCAUGGCUGCUGAGCUCCUUAAGCAGCUUUCAUCAAUGGGAAUGAUGACAGAGUACUACCAUUUUUUCUUUACAACCUUGGAUUUAUUUGCCUUGGAUCUAGAGCCAUACCGCUAUAGCGGGGUCAACAUGACUGGUUUCAGACUGCUGAACAUUGAUGACCCUUGGGUAGCAUCUACAAUGGACAGGUGGGCCAUGGAAAGACUUCAGGGUCCCAAACAAGAAAGUGGUCUGAUGGAUGGAGUCAUGACCACAGACGCAGCUUUGAUGUAUGAUGCCGUGUACAUGGUUGCUGUCGCGUCCCAGCGGGCCACUCAGAUGACCGUCAGCUCCCUGCAGUGUCACCGCCACAAGCCUUGGCGCUUUGGUCCGCGCUUCAUGAACCUUUUUAAAGAGGCACAGUGGGAUGGACUGACAGGGCACAUUGUUCUUAAUAAGACAGAUGGCCUGAGGAGAGACUUUGAUUUGGACAUCAUCAGCCUCAAAGAGGACGGCAUUGCCAGGGGUGUUGUGGAGGGCGGAAGUCGCCUCACGAAAAGGUGGAUCGAGAUUGCUGUGUGGAACUCGUACAGGGGGAUGAACCUGACGGAGGAGUCCAGGCGAGACAAGAAUAACAAUGUGACAGACUCUCUGGCUAACAGGACUCUCAUUGUCACCACAAUACUGGAAAAUCCUUACGUGAUGUUGAGAAAGUCAGACAAGGAGCUGGUUGGGAAUGAUCGCUAUGAAGGCUACUGUCUGGACCUUUUGAAGGAGCUCUCAAACAUCUUGGGUUUUACGUAUGAAGUCAGACUGGUGGCUGAUGGGAAAUAUGGAGCCCAGAAUGAUAAAGGAGAGUGGAACGGGAUGGUCCGGGAGCUGAUCGACCAUGUUGCAGACCUUGCCGUGGCUCCCUUAACCAUCACCUAUGUCAGAGAGAAAGUUAUCGACUUCUCCAAGCCCUUCAUGACCUUAGGCAUCAGUAUCUUGUACCGGAAACCUAACGGCACCAAUCCAGGCGUGUUCUCAUUUCUUAAUCCCCUGUCUCCGGACAUCUGGAUGUACGUGCUGCUGGCCUGUACAGGGGUCAGCUGCGUCCUCUUUGUGAUUGCCAGGUUUACUCCUUACGAGUGGUACAACCCACACCCGUGCAACCCGUCCUCGACUCUAAUUCAGAACAAUUUCACUUUACUCAACAGUUUCUGGUUUGGAGUUGGAGCGCUCAUGCGGCAAAGCUCAGAGUUGAUGCCUAAAGCUCUAUCCACACGUAUAGUUGGUGGCAUCUGGUGGUUUUUUACCUUAAUCAUCAUCUCAUCCUAUACGGCCAACUUGGCAGCCUUCCUCACAGUGGAACGAAUGGACGCACCCAUCGACUCAGCGGAUGACCUGGCAAAGCAGACCAGGAUUGAAUAUGGGGCAGUUAGGGAUGGAUCCACUAUGACUUUUUUCAAGAAAUCAAAGAUCUCCACUUAUGAGAAGAUGUGGGCCUUUAUGAGCAGCAGGAAGAACACCGCUUUGGUUAAGAACAACAGAGAAGGUAUCACCCGCGUCUUGACAACAGACUACGCCAUGCUGAUGGAGUCCACCAGCAUCGAGUACAUCAGCCAGAGGAACUGCAACCUCACACAGAUUGGGGGUCUCAUAGACUCCAAGGGCUAUGGAGUGGGAACACCUAUUGGUUCUCCUUACAGGGAUAAAGUGACCAUUGCCAUCCUUCAGCUCCAGGAGGAAGGGAAGCUGCACAUGAUGAAAGAGAAGUGGUGGAGAGGAAACGGCUGUCCAGAAGAGGACAACAAGGAAGCCAAUGCCUUGGGCGUGGAAAACAUUGGCGGUAUCUUCAUUGUCCUGGCUGCCGGUCUGGUUCUCUCUGUGUUCGUGGCCAUUGGAGAGUUCAUCUACAAGGCCCGCAGGAACGCCGACAUAGAGGAGGUAAGUGAGUGUGUGUCUUUUAGCGCCGUGAUGGAAGACUUGGGGAUCUCCCUGCAGUGUUACAAAGGCAUCCGGAGGAGGUCACGACCUCACGGCGGUGCGAGGUCCGCUUGCAUCUUCUGUCAACCCAAACGUACUUCAAAGAGGGAGGGAGCGAGACGAGAUUCCAGCACUUAAGCUUUGAAUCAGAAAAGAAAUGGAAAUGCAGAGACUGGUAUCUGAUCAUUUUCCAGUUCUCUUAUUUUUUUGUGUGGGCCACCAGCAGCUAUGACGUUAUUUCCUCAGCACCUGUAGACUGCUUGUGUAUGGAUAACGCAUUAAAUACUGUACCGUAAAUGUAGUUGACAACACUGUAGCCUUGUAUCAACAUUAAUAAUGUUAAAACAGGUGAUGACCGCAAGAAUGAAACCCUGUCAUAGUGUAAACCAUCGAUGUUCCCUCAUGGCUGUAGUUUGGGUUAAGGCGUCUGCAGAGUUGAAUCUGUAGACUUUAUAGAACCUCCCAUCGUUUAAUGACAAAGAUUCACUGAUUUUAACAAUAAAAAGACUUUUGCAUUUUUUUAAA